GGGGGGGGGGCGUUUCUUCGAGGUGAACCCACAGAGACGGAGUUGGGCUACCAUGGGAGACAAGAGGUAGAAGCGAGCGAAUCGCAUCUAGCUAGCCCCGAUGAUACAGACAGGAGAGGGGUGGUGACCAUAGCACGCGGGGUUGAAGUCGGAGGGGCAUGAUGAAGCAGGCCGUGCACUCGGACACCUACGAAGCAUUGUUUCAUGACACCGGCAACCAAUGUAUGAGAGGAAACGAGGCGCAGAAUCUAAACAUAGAGCUCUGCCUGGGUCGAGACGAGGCUGAGAUUAUCUCGGGACAGGGAGUCUAUUGUACCUACCGAUACCACCGCAUUGACGGCAGUACCUUUGUUAGUCCCCCAAAAUUGUCCGCCAACUCGGUUCAGUCGACAAGGGUCCCCCGCCCCCGGAUCAAUGUUGCGGAACACGAAGGUGUCGCAUCUAGCGCCAAUAGUUCACCUUAUUCACCUUAUCAGUUCACCCAAAAGCCUGUUGGGUUCUUCGUUGUGUACUGCAACUCUGUUGUUAAGACGGCAACAUCAGGCCAGAUUGCCGGGGGAGAGGAGAAGAAGAUGGGAAGAUGGGUUUCAGGGGAGAAGGCGGACAAGGAGAACGGAGAAGAAGCAUGGCUCGCGAAGAAAGAGCGACAAGAUGAAGAAAGGGCUAGCUGGGCAUUCGGUAGUCAUUUUAUCUUCGAACCGACCAUCUGA